AUGUACUUGUUGCGAGUUGGAGCUCGAGUUGGAGCAGUCGGCUUCAGAGCAUCUUCUUGUUCGUCAGUUAUUUUUACAGCUUCGUUCGUGCGGUUCAAGCUGAACUUGCCUCAAGACUUCAAUCCCAAAAAGAGCUUACCCUCGCAAGGAGAAUGGAAAAACUUGAAGCAACAUAUUCCUGGUGAAUCUGUUCAGACCAACGAGAUCAGAGAUCGUAUCCCCAAAUUUCCCUUGGGUAAGGAGACGGUGCCGACAUUAUUGCCUAGACCAGGAGUGCCACAGGUUGGGCCGAAAUAUACUUUCCGUCAAGUGAUUCAGAUAUUGAAGAAUAAGACCGAACCCGAAUUGAUCUACGAGAGUGAACCUCACAGAUUGUAUUUUCUUGCCUGUUUCUGUUGUGCUAUAGUUUUCACUGUGUACGGGUUCGUUUUGGCAGAAUAUGCCUGGUUCCAGGCCAAUAAGGAUUACGAAGAAAAUGUAGAGGAAAAGAAUGAAGUGAUCAGAAAGAGAGAAUGGGUUUUGUCGUUGUUUAAAAACUCAGUUUUUAGUGUGGUAAUGUUAGCAGCAGCUGGGGCUUUUGCUAAGUUCCCCACCAGAUUGAUUAGAAGAAUGCACUACUUACCUGGACCUGUUGAACAUAUCAAGUUUUCUACGUAUCCGUUGAUUCCUGGAAGACCCACGCCUGUCUUCACCGUCCCAUUGGAGCAUUUGACUAGAAAGCAUACUGCCAGAGUUUGGACCGGUAAGGGUUUCUAUGGCACUGCUGAUAACUCACUAUUCUUCUUUGUGUUAAAGGAAGCUAUCAACGGUUCCAAGAAGAGCAGAAGUUGGGUUGUCGACAGAAAGGGGUUCUUUUGGUCCGAUGGAAGAGUGUUUGACUACUUGUUUGGAAAGGAAUCGAUUGCUGAGGCUGAGGCCGGUAUUCCCUAUGAUGAACAGAUCGGUAUAGUCAACCGUGAAUUGAAGAAAAAAAGAAAGCAGUUGAAGGAAGAACAUGGUUUUUUUUACAAAUGGAAGUUGGGAGCUAAGGAUAUGAAGCAGGACAUCGACACUGCAACCAACUACGUCAAAACUUUGAACGAAAACAGAAAGACCAAGAGUAAGAAGACUUUGCCUAAGGGAAAGAAGCAGUAG